AUGCAAGGAUCUGAGGACUCUUCAUCAAGCCAAGCGGCACCAGAGUCUCUCCCGCGAGACAAACAGGAGAUCCAAUCAAGCCCAAAGGACUCGAUUCCGGCCACACCGGCGGAGAUUCAGGGCAACUCGGGCCCUCGUCUCCGUUCCCUCAAAGUACCAACCUCCCGUGCUCAAUCGGAGAUGACCGAGAUGAUCCAGAAGGCCCCGCAUUCACAAGAUCGUCCCGUGCGCAAACGGGGCAGGCCGAGGAUUCAGAAAGCCAAAGAUGCUGCUGCUAUCGAGGCACGCCGACUCCAGAUUCGCCGUGCCCAGCGCACAUAUAGACAGAAGAAAGAAACAACUAUUCAAACCCUCCAAUCACGUGUAGAAGUCCUUGAACAAACCCUGCAGAACGUGUCCGAUCUCAUUGGCCCUGCUGAUUCCUAUGCCGUCGCUCAUCCAGCUCUCCACGCGGAACGCAUAGCUCAGGCCAGACGUCUAAUUUUGGCUGAGAUCAACUCAUCCAGGCCCAAUGAUGGCAACCAGCCUCAACCGGUCGAUCAGCCAAUGGACUCAGGUACCGUGUCUCUCCGUGAUAUCUUUGGGUAUGAUGUGUCCUCUUCCUGGGGGUUUGAAGAGCCUACGGAGCCAUACGGACAUUAUCAGAGCCAUGCAAGAUCCCCGUCGCCUCUGCUGAAUCGCCUUUUCCCGACAAACACCAUCUUCACAUACAGCAACCAAGAGUCGAAUCUUGCUCGUCGCCUCCAGCGUUUCUGUCUUGAACACGUCCACCGCUGGCUCUCAGACCCCCACCCUGAUCCAGCCUUCAUGAGCCGUGUGUUCGGUCUAAUGCCCUGCAUCCACGAUAUGGCAGGUGUUCGACGAGCUUUUCGGCGGGCUUUGCACGCUGAAGUCGGUGGGGCGCUAGAGUCAGCCGAGAAAAUGCAAUUCUACACUCUCGGUGGCGCAGGCACGCACUUCCCCGAUUUUGACUUGGAUGGCAGGCCCAUCUACCCUGAGAAUUCGCGGCGACCGAACAAAAUACUGCGGCGCUUAGUACGAAUCUUGCGACGGGGUGGCAUCCAGGAUUGGGACGAGGACUGGAGCGGCGAUGCAGAGCCCGAUGCAGGGCAAGGAUUGGAAAUUGCCGAGAAACUAAUUAGCAGGGAAGAGAGACUCCGAGCACUCGGUCUGGAGGGAGACUGGUUCGACUGCCGCGAUGUCCAGGGAUACUUGAAGCAACAAGGCUUACCGCUAGAUGGGUCGUCUGUGUGGAUCGAUGUCCCUGACAUGGCAGUAGAGUCGUUUUAUGGAUUUUCAUCUGAUAAAUCGGGAGCACAGUUUUACCUUCCCUCGGCCGAGCAUUCUCCGAGUGAUUUGGGUGGGCAGCAAUGUCCGAGCCAGUCCAGUUACGUUCUGGACGUGGAGUGCUUUUUCGACCAACUUUUGGCCAACAUCAGAUUCUUAGGACGAGCCCCUGGGUUUCGCCUUUGGGAUGUGGACGUUGCACUGCGAGCGUCGAUUCAAAGGCGAUUAUCUACUUGA